CUUGGCAACACACAACUCUCCAACACACAACCCUCCAACAUACACCGCAUUGGCGUACCCAGGCGCAGACCACGGUCACCAUCAUCAUCAAUAUGCCACCAAUCCAACCAAUUCCAGUUCAUAUAGACGCCCCCAUCACACCACAGCAACAGCGUACCAACAAUCCUCCAGCACGACCGGGUGCAGCCGCCGUGCCAGCGCCUACGGGCACGCCCUACACGCCGAAUCAAUACCCACCACAGCCCACACGGACGACAGCCGCCGUAUACGAUGAUAGCCCGCCUCCUCCGCAGCCUGGAGCUGUACCCAUACCACCGUCACAGCAACAUGGAGCGCCAGUAACAGCCAUUCCUCCGCCGCCCAAAGCUGGCCAAACAGCGACUUUACAUGAACAAGGGCAGGCAGUGACAACACAGCCGCCGCAGAUGGAUGUGAAUCUGGCCGCUCAAGGCUAUGCUCCCACACACUCGACUAGCACGACAAACAACACUCCUAUGAAGCUCGGCUUGGGUCCCACAACAUUGAAUUACGGGCUUGUCUCGCCCGGUGGAGGUGGCAUUGCUGCACCUAGUCAUCCAGCUGGGUAUCAGCAGAACUCCAUGGCACAAGAGAUGAGCUCGGCUGCGAGGGCCAGUCUGGACGCAACUGAGCGCCGCGAGUCUCUUACGGGCGGGUUUGGUAUGGGUAGCAGCGCCACGGGCUCACUUCCGAGUGUAGGGUCCGGGGGAACGAAGGGCAUGUGGGAUGCAGUGAAAGGCUGGACAAGCACUGUAGGCCAGACUCUUGCGGAGACGGAGAAAAAGGUGUGGGAUAGCGUGAACAAGUCCUAAAGACACUGUUGGAUACAUUGAAUGCCCUGGAUUGGUGCACGAAGGCCGUAGCAUGAGCACCCCCUUCUGGACGCUGCCUUCGAAUAUUACCCCAGACUUUUAAUUUUUUUUAGCCAGCUACAACGAGUACUCUGAAUAGCGCCCGCGAGAAAGCUCUCGGCAUCUAGC